AUGGCGACUGCAGCGGCAGAUCUUUUUAAACCUUUGUUUUUCACAGUGUCUGAGUUGAGGAUUGUUCUUCUGGGGAACAGCUGGUCUGAGAGGAGUUCAGUGGGGAACCUCGUACUGGGAAAGACGAUGUUCAACACUGAGGAAGAACCAAACAGCUGUUUGAAAGUCAGAGGACAUAUAAAGGAGAAAGACAUAGUUCUUAUCAACACUCCAGAUCUGCUGCAUCCCACCAUCUCUGCAGACAAACUGAGAGAACAUGUGACAGACUGUGUGAGACUCUCUGAUCCUGGACCUCAUGUGUUCCUGUUGGUUCUCCAGCCUGAUGACUUCACUGAGGAAUAUAAACAGAGAUUCUGUAGAGUUCUUAAACGCUUCAGUGAUCAGUCAUUUGAAAAUUCACUAAUAUUCAUAUCAACACCCAGAGAGCAGGGCUCAAGUAGUGUUAAGAUAUAUUUACAAAAUCAACCCUUAAAAGAGAUGAUCAGAGAAUGUAGAUACAGAUAUUUGGAGCUGGCAAACCUUGAACUUCCAGAACUGUUGACCCGUUUGGGUCAAAUCGUGAAGGAUCACAAUGGAGAGCAUGACAGCUGUGAAGGGUUCAUGGAUGCCCCUGAUGACCUACAAAGAAUUCAACAAAAGAAAACAUGCGAUGCUGUUACUUCUUCUGGUAAGAGAUCUGUUGUAAUCAAAAUGUUUGAACUCACAAUCAUAUUGAUCUCAUCAGAACCUGAAGCUGAUAGUCAAUGA